GGAUUAAAAAAAAAUUCGGGCUCGUCCGGGAUUUGAACCCGGGACCUCUCGCACCCUAAGCGAGAAUCAUACCCCUAGACCAACGAGCCGAACAUCGAUAAAAAUUUGUUUUCUGGGCCUUUUUAAUUUACAUUUAUUAUCUGUGAAACAUGUGAUAGUGAGGUAAAUAACAUGAAGGAUUAUCUUGUUUACAAGUACUUGGAAACAAAAUGGCGCUUGUGGGACAACAAGACUUCAAUAGGAGUGCUCUAACAAUCGAAAACAAAAAGGCAUGGUACACUGGUCAGAGAGCUUCGAAAGUACCUCAGGGUCUGGUCAAAAUUGUCGGUGAAGAUUGUCUGAGUUUGGAUUUAUCAUACAAUGAACUGACAUCGCUCUCCGCAUUGAAGGAGUACAUUCACCUUCAGGAAUUAAUUUUGGACAACAAUGAUCUCCAUGACCUCAAAACACUGCCAUACAUGCCAAAUUUAACUACCCUCAGCCUGAAUAAUAAUAAGAUAGAUGAUAUUGAUAUGGCAGUAGACAAAAUAAAAGAAUGCUGUCCCAACGUGAUAUUCUUGAGCCUACUUGGGAAUCCAGGUUACCCAGAUCAGCUCACGGAUCCAAUGACCAAUGAUGAAGCUGACUACAACCGCUACAGACUCUAUGUCAUUCAUAUAUUACCUGGUUCACUGCGUUUUCUCGACUCUCGACCUGUAACGAAUGCAGAAAAACGUGAUGCCCAAACCCGCGGCAAAUUUCUCCGAACAGUGAGAUUCUCCACACAAACUGCAUCGAAUAAUCAUGAUGAAUUGGGAUUUGAUGAGAUCGAUUCUAUCACAGAUUUGAAUUGCUCUCCAUUACCAAAGACUAAUCGUAGUCCACUUGAUCAUAAAGCUGCAUUUGGUAAAUGUCGUUAUCGUUAUUCCGGGAAGAAUUCCGAAGGAAACAGAUACAUCUUGAACAAUGAUCUCUAACAAUUUAACUCGAAGAUUUCGACUGAUCUGACAAUACUUCAGAGGGAGAUAUUUUAGCUAUGAAAUAUUAUUUUUCAUAUAAGCUUUUUUAUGAAAAAAUGUACAGGUAUAAAAGUUCAUUUUAUUCGUGCUCCAGUUACUCUGGUAAAUGCACUAGACAUUAACAAAUCCAUUCCAAUGAUUAUUCCGCAUAAUUGAACUGAUUAAAUUUUUUACGGAAAAAUAUAUACGAGAAAAAUUGGUUGGUAACAAUUGAUACAAUGCUCAUACGUACAAAG